AUGUUUUCCAAAAUUUAUUCAGCUGCAGAGAAUGAAAGCACGGAUGUGCGAUUUCUCAGUCGUUAUGAUAAAUCUGCUACAAAUAUCAAAGAGUCGGAGCUCUGGAUCAACAUUGGACAGAUAGCGAUACGUCUUGGGGAGUUCACGAUUACCGACCGAGGAACAUAUCUUACCCUUAUUGGUCAACAGAAACCUCUGAAAGGUCAGACAAAGGUUUACAAGACCGGUGAAAGUGAAGUAAAGCUUCUUAGCCCUGGUCAUCUAUUGGUUGGGAGAAAAGCCCGAGACAAAGAUCUUGCACGAGACUUUGUUAAGUGGGUGAUGAGCGAAAGUGGCCAAGCAGUUAUCGCUAACUUCCACCAUAAGGACGACAAGGCGUGUCUAUAUAAGCCUUAUCCAUCGAAGAAUGAAGUACAGCCUUCAGAUUGCGAGUUCGUUCCUUUAGAAGGUCUUGAGGGAAAGAUGGAACUUUGA